CAUUGAUGGAGACCACAAGCAGCAGAAUAGCACUGCAUGUAAAGAAGCAGGACAGGUAUCGAAGGCGACCAACGGCCAUCUUUGAGAGACGCAAUGCCUCUUCCUCUUCUGGUCAAACUCUGCUCUGUGAAGCCAUCAUCAUCUGGUUGGAAAUACUUCUGGUACAGAGGAGAGAAAACAUCUGAACCUCUGAGCUCUCAACUCUCAGCUGGACCAAUCAGAGUCUCAGAGGGAGGAGUCUACUGGUGCAGAGGAGGAAGAGGAGAUCCAGUUUACUACACAGAGUACAGUGAUCCAGUCACUGUCUACAAAAAGGAAGCCCAGUCUGUCCUCACUGUGUCUCCAUCAUGGCUGAGUGCUGGAGCCUCAGUAACUCUGAACUGCAGAGUUAAAGAUCAAUCUGCAGGAUGGAGGUUCUACUGGUAUAAGACUGUUCCUGAUCCAUCAGACAACUUCUACAGCUAUGAGCUGCUACCUGGCAACAGCAGUGGGACUGAACAGGAUUCCUACAUUGUUGAUGGACAGACACACACAGCAGGAUAUGUGUGCAGAGCUGGAAGAGGAGAUCCAGUGUUUUACACUGAUUACAGUCAACCUCAGUUUGUCUGGUCUGCAGAUUUUUACUCAUCAGCGUCUCUCACAGUGAGUCCUGACAGAGCUCAACACUUCACCUCUGACUCUGUCUCACUGAGCUGUGAGGGAAACUCACCUGAGUGGAGAGUGAGGAGGUCACCUGAGAACAGAUACCUGUCAGACUGCUCCACCUGGGGGACAAUGACUGGAUCUACAUGCAAACUAAAGAGUAACAGGCGCAGUGAUGCAGUGUACUGGUGUGAGUCUGGAUCAGGAGAGUUCAGCAACUCAGUCAACAUCACUAUACUGAGUAUGAUUUUAUUAUAUUUUGGGUUUUUUUUAUUCAUUAUUUCAAACAUCCCAUUGUGUGUUGAGGAGUACAAUACACUAUAGAUUUGAGGUUGAUCUGUUCUUCAGUUUUUAGGUCCAUCUUGUCCUGUGACUGAGGGAGAUUCUGUAAACAUAUGUAUUUUUUUGUCUGAAAACACAGAGAUUGAUUCUGAAAAAGCCUGAAAUUGUUGUUUGAUUAUGUGUUGGGAAAUGCUAUAUAUCUUUUUGUGUUUGUGUGCUGAAGCAUCCAAGCGAGUUGAUGCCCUGACGAGAAAGCAACUUGAAUAAACUCUUAAAGCUGGAGAUGGAUGAGCUGCCAGUUGCUUUGGCCACAUUCCUCCGGUAUUUGAAAGCAGUAUGUUCAGGACAGUAGCUUGUAUCUUUUAAAGUGUAAGUUCUCCCGAACUCCACCUUUCAAAAAUGUUGAUCAGUCGCCAAAAUAAAUCGUUCCCUCAUUUUGA